UAAGAAGUGUGUGCAGUGCGCAGCGCACUUCUGCUGCAGUUUCUGCACGUUUUUGCAAGUUUGUAAGAAUUGUAAGAGUAAGAAGUUCUUGUGAGUAGUGAUUGACGCGAAUGGAUUGGAAAUUGGAAAGGAAGAAAUUUUCGGAGGAAGGAAUUAAGGACAGGAAGUCUGCCUGCUCGUUCGUUUCAAACCCACAUGCCCUUCGUCUAGCCCUUUUUUGAGGACGCAUUGUUUAUUGUUUGAGACGCGCCGUUGAGCGUUUGCAGGCAGCAUGGACUACUCAAAAGGAAGAAGUUACAAGUUAAGUCGCUUUUUAUUUGGUGACGGAUCCUCAAGCAAAGAAAAUGUACCAGCCUCUCUAGCACAAGCCGGAAAACCUCAGAAUCCUUCCAGCUCCAGUUUGCUUACGAGGAGAGUCACCUAUCCCAAUGCCAGCGGAAAAUUGACUAGUCUAGUCGUCGAAGAGAAGCCAAGUGAUGCUGCAAAGAAUCCCCGCCGCGAAGGCAGUUUUGAUUCUUUUCGAAAGCCUUUGGCCAACCUGAAUUCACUCAACACCAAUUUGCAACACAUCUUUCACAGCAAACACACUGAAUUCAGCAGCAAGACCAGGUCAAAUUCUCUGAAUUGUGGAAAUGAGGCAGGGUCUUCGGACGCAAGUUUUAGUGACUCGUCCGACUUGAUUGAUUUAUCCCAGGAUCAAACAGCAUUCUUUGAUAGUUCUUCCACAUGUGACCUGUUCUCAUGCAGCCUUCAGGAUCAACUGCUUUAUUCAACAACAUACCUACAGGAAAGUGUUGAGCUGCAGCUUCUUGAUCAUCACGAGAGAAAAGCAAAUAUCUUCACCAGCAGCUUGACAAGAAAUGAGCAUAAAAUGAGAAUACUUGUGGUUGACUGGAUUUUUACCAUUCAGGGAUAUUUCAAUUUGCCUGACAUGGUCUCCCACAUUGCUAUCCAGAUCUUCGAUCAAGUCAUGCAGGAGAUGGAAAUUUCAGAGAAAGAAAUGCAACUUGUUGGAGGAGCUGCCUUUUGGCUUGCAUCUAAAAUGGAGGCUAACGGAGAAAGUGUAUCAGGCAAUAGAAUGAAGAGGGUCAUCGGAAAAACCUGCUCUGUAGCAAAACUGAAAUCUGCUGAAUUUGUUGUCUUCAAAAGGUUAAAUUACUGCAUCCCUCGAGACAGCGCUCUCAGUAUUCACACCUAUCAGCUGCAUUCACUAAGAUCCUAUUUCCCUGUGGAUGAUGAGUUGCAAAUGAUUGGUCAGUAUGCCUUGGAGACUUCGAUGCUCUCAUUGACUAUGUCUCUUGGCGGAUACACUGUAAUGGCCAGCUCUGCCACAAUCUGUGCAAUUUUGAUCUGUGGCCACACACUUUCUGAUGUACUUUGGAAUUUCUAUUCAAGGAAUGAUUCGUCUUUUGCGCCUUUAGAGGAUGCCAUUAAGGGAUCGUUGGUUACACUCCACAAGUUGAUGGACCUUCAAAAGCUCAAGCAUAAUGGAGGUAAUUUGUGGCUGAAAUUUGGAGCCGAGGAAAAAAUGAAAAUUGCACUGAAUCCAAAGCUCUCAGCUGAAAAUAUUUCCAAGAUUUUGCAAACAUGCCUGUGGUUUGCUAAAAAGUAGGGGAUUUUCACAACGCAAAUUAGUAUUAUCUGUAAAUUAUUUUUUAUCGCCCCUGGUUAAAUUUAGAAAUCUGACUGGAAUUUUAUAGUUGGAAAAAUAUCAAAAAUUUUAAUGUGCGGAGUGUUGCUGCUUCAUUUUUAAAUUUUUAUGUCUUAAUGUCAUUGUAUAUAAAAUUAGAAUACAAAAGCACAUAAUUUAUCAU